UUGUAUAAUUGAUUUAAAACAAUUAUUAGAAAAAUAAUUUUUAUAUGUGAUUAAUAACAACUUAUGAUCGACGUGUUAGUUUAUGGAAAUCAAAUCAACAAUUUGAUAUAUGUCAAUUAAUUGAUUGGUUAACAUUUUCAGUAUCAUCAUUUGCACCAGAUGGAAUAACUAUACAUAAUAAUAAUAAUAAUAAUUGGCAAUCAUAUCCACCAAAUUUAGCUUGUUUUAUUGAUCAUAAUUUAUUAAUGUAUAUUGGUUAUGGAAUAGAAAAAUCUAUACAAAUAAAUAAUCUUGAUACAAAACAAAUUAUUCGUACCAUAUCAUUAAGUCAAUGGUGUUCAUGUUUUGAUAUAUCAAAUAUUAACAAUGAUGAAAAUGAAAAUCGUUUGAUAGUAAUUAGUAAAAAAAGAUCGUUUAGUACAAUUAAAAGAUUAUACUCAGGAAAUAUUUCAGGAUUUUAUUGA